UCACCUCCGGAGACCAUGUUUAAUGGGGAGUCGAGCUCCUCUUCAGCCAGGAACGUGAUCCGGAGCUCCAGCAUCAGUGGGGAGAUGUAUAACAUCGAGAAGAGCAGUGGGGGCAAUCCAGACUCAGCCAGUCUCUCGUCCAACAAGAAAAGGCGAUCCAGCUUGGGGGCCAAGAUGGUGGCUAUUGUGGGGCUGUCCCAGUGGAGCAAAAGUACCAUGCAGCUCAACCAUCCUGAUGGCGGCCCAAAGAAACUUCGUAGCAACAUCCGUCGAAGUACAGAGACCGGGAUUGCUGUGGAGAUGAGAAACAGGGUGACACGGCAAGGCAGCCGGGAAUCAACUGAUGGCAGCACCAACAGCAACAGCUCUGACGGCACGUUUAUCUUCCCCACAACCCGGCUGGGUGCUGAAAGCCAGUUCAGUGACUUCUUAGAUGGGCUGGGACCAGCACAAAUUGUGGGACGACAGACAUUAGCUACUCCACCAAUGGGUGAUGUUCACAUUGGGAUGAUUGACAGGAAUGGGCAACUGGAGGUUGAAGUGAUUGAGGCUCGUGGCCUCACACCAAAGCUUGGAUCCAAGUCUAUUCCUGCUACCUAUGUCAAGGUUUACCUCCUGGAAAAUGGGGCCUGCCUGGCCAAGAAGAAAACAAAGACUGCCAAGAAGACCUGUGACCCGCUCUACCAGCAGGCCCUGCUCUUUGACGAAGGUCCUCAGGGCAAGGUGCUACAGGUGAUCGUCUGGGGGGAUUAUGGCCGCAUGGACCACAAGUGCUUCAUGGGAAUGGCACAGAUAGUUCUGGAAGAGUUAGACCUGUCCAGUGUGGUGACAGGCUGGUACAAGCUCUUCCCCACCUCCUCGUUGGCGGACUCCACGAUUGGACCCCUGACACGACGUCUCUCCCAAUCCUCUUUAGAGAGUUCAACAAGUCCCUCUUGUUCUUAA